UAGCCGUGUGCAGCCCGUCGCGGCCAUGCCGCCGCCUCUGUGACGCGGCGUUCUAGGCCAUCGCACCCCGCACAUCACUGAGGCCUUGUGACGCGGCCCAGGGUGCCGCGUCCGAGCACUUUGUGCCCUCGAGGUGCUGCCCAGAGCCUGGUCAGCUGGAGAGGCACGGAGACUGGAGGCGGUGGCGGCGGCAGCAUGAACUUCUACCAGCUACCGGUGGUGAUCGACAACGGUUCCGGAACGAUCAAGGCGGGCCUGGCUGGGUGUCGGGAGCCGCAGUUUGUCUACCCGAAUAUUACCGGCCGCGUCAAGAAUCAAACCUGGGCGGCCGAGGGCGUUCAGGAACUGUUCGUGGGCGACCAGGCCCAGGAAAGGCGAGGCUCGCUAGCCAUCAGCUACCCAGUGGAACGUGGUCUCAUCACUUCCUGGGCGGACAUGGAAAUCAUGUGGAAGCAUAUCUAUGGACAUAAUCUGAAGCUAAAGCCCUGUGAUGGCCCAGUCUUGAUUACAGAACCAGCACUGAACCCACUGGUCAACCGGCAACGGAUCACUGAAGUGUUUUUUGAGCACCUGGAGGUUCCUGCCUUCUAUAUGUCUAUCCAGGGUGUGCUGGCACUAUUUGCUGCUGGCUUCACUACUGGCUUUGUGCUGAAUUCAGGUGCUGGGGUUACCCAAUGUGUGCCCAUCUUUGACGGGUACUGUCUGCCUCAUGGUGUCCAGCAGCUAGAUCUGGCAGGCCUUGACCUCACCAACUACCUCACGAUGCUGUUGAAGGACCAUGGUAUCAUGUUGCUUAGUGCUCCAGACAAAAAGACUGUCACAGACAUUAAGGAAACCUCUUGUUAUGUGGCAAUGAACUAUGAAGAGGAAAUGGCCAAGAAAACUGAUCUUCUGGAGAAAGUUUACAUACUGCCUGAUGGGAAGACAAUCAAACUCCAUGACCAGCUCUUUCAUUGUCCAGAGGCCCUCUUUUCUCCGCAUCUCAUUAACCUUGAAGGCCCUGGUAUUGAUAAGAUGUGCUUCAGCAGCAUAAUGAAAUGUGAUAUUGAUCUGAGGAAUUCCUUCUUCUCCAAUAUUAUCCUUUCUGGGGGAUCAACCUCUUUCCCUGGUUUAGACAAACGGCUAGUUAAGGAUAUAGUAAAGAUGGUGCCUGCCAACACCCCUGUGCAGGUUACAGCUCCCCCAGAAAGGAAAAUAUCAGUGUGGAUGGGAGGUUCCAUUCUUGCAUCCCUAUCUGCCUUCCAGGACUUGUGGAUCACUGCUGCAGAAUUUAAAGAAGUUGGACCUAACAUAGUGCACCAAAGAUGUUUCUGAAAUACAGAUAAAAUGGAUAGAGGAAAACAGUUUGAGUACAUGUGACAAAGAUAAAAGUUUGGCUAUAAUAUGACUCUGGGCAACCAGAGAAUAUUUCCAUUUUUGGGGUGUCUAUGAUGUCUCUGUUGCAUUUCUAUAAUUGGGGAAAAUUAUGAUAAAACAAUCAAACAAUAGAUGUUUAUUGAAUAGAACCAAGUUAAAUGCUAGGAAACACUAUUUAUGACCUUAGAGAGUUUACAUUUCCCCUGGGGAGAGAGCAAUUUGUGGUAAAAUAUGAUACGUACCAGAUGAGUACUGAAGUUUAGGGCAAGAAGGUUGCUGUGAUAAGGAAAGAUUUCAUGGAGGAGGUAUGCCAUCAUGGAGGAGUGGCUUUAGGAUGGGUGGGAAAAAUGAGGGCAAAUAUAAUGGAAUGAGCAAGGGCCUAGAGAUGAGAAUGGAAAAGAAUAUUUAGGUCAUGCUUAAUAGACUGAUUGUGUUAAAACAGAGUUCAUGGGGAACAGAGUAAACUAUGACUAGGAAGGCAGAUCAAGGCCAAGAAAUAGAAGCUUGAAGUAUUAAACGUUUUAUAGGCGAAGGGGAACAACAAGAUUUAAAAGCAAGAGACAUAAGAAAAAUAUCUUAAGAUGAAGGUGGUAGUUUGCAUGAUAAACUGAACUGGGAAGGGCCUGGAGAGAUGAUGAUCAGUUAGGAAGCUAUUAGUCAAGAUAUAAAGUAGUCAGGUUCCAUAGUCAAGGUUAUAGACAAUGGGAAAAACUAACAAGACUUGGUGACUAAUUAGAUAAAUAUGAAGGGGAAAGAGUAGUCUGAAAUGAUGCGGGUAGCUGACAGAAUGGUGGCAGUAUUGACACAUAACACAAAGUAUUUAGUAUCUGCUCUGUGUACCUUGCUAAGGGUGAUGAGUGCUAAACCAGGAGUUAGAUCCUGCCCUUAAGAAGCCAUCGGGUUAGGAGAAGAGGUGAUAUUCAUAUCUAAAUUACAAUAACGCAAGGUAGAAUGUUAUUUCAUAUCUUAAAAGAAGUAUAAAAUGUUCUGGGAGUUCAUAGAAAGGAAAAUACCAUUCGAGGAGCUCAAGGAAGACUUUCUGGUAGAUUUGGCUUUGGGGCUGGGCCUGGGCCUGAAUGACAACUGGAAUUUAAACCAAAUGGAGUGUCCUUCCCUGUGAAUUGAGGAACAUAUGUAGGUUUAGGUCUAGCCCCUGCCACUUACCAGCUGUAUUACUUUAUGCAAGUUGUUUAAGCAUUUUGAAGAUGAAUUUCCUCAUCAGUAAAAUGGGAAUGCUAACUGCUGCUCUGUCUCAUGGGUUGUUGUGAAGUUCAAGUGAAAUAAUGUUUCUAA